GCGCCAAUGAUUUCAAAAAUUGGCGAAACUGCGGAGAAUAAAAAGGAAGUCUCUUGUAAAUUUCGGGUAGUCUACAGCUUGUUAUGCAAUGUCUUCGCUCAACAUGUUUAACAUCUACGCAACGGAAAUGGAUGGAUGUGACGGAAGUAAUACAGCACUCCAACAAGCUAUAAAGACUGGUAAUCAGGAUCGCAUUGAUACUAUACUAAAAAUGUAUGAAGCUGACUUCGAAAGGAUCCGGACGUAUCUAGUGUCACAGUACGAUUGGGAGGAUGAGGAUAAAAUAUGGCUCAAGAAAGAUAUAUUGAUUGCCGUGAAUGAGGCGCAAUGCCAUGCGGCAAAACAACUUGAAAUCCGCCCUCUUUCAAACGAACAAAUUCGAAAAUCCAUAAUUGUGUUACUUCAAGGUUCAACCAGUGGCGAAGAAGUUGCGGUGAUUUUUCCAAGUGUAAAUAACAAAUUGGCUGUUUUCAGUUUAAUAACUUUGUUGAUUCCGAAUGGGUUUUUGUCGAUCAAUUGCUUUAGUGCCUAUUGGGAUUAUCGGAGCUUGAUUGAAGAAGCGGUAGUAUAUGGAAACAUUGGUCUAAUCGAACGUUUACUUACGCUUGGUGCUAAACUCGUUCAUCCUGGUCAUAAUGCUUUACUGAAGGCAUGCGAAUGUAAGCAAAAGGAUUCCGUUUACUGGCUACUGACUAAGCAUAAUGAUUGCCUUAUGGAGCAUAUGGAAACCUAUAGAGCACUUUACCUAUUGCAGAGAAAUAAAGAAGCUGAAAUGUUCGAAUUUGUGCUGGAUAAAAUGGUGGAAUUUCGUCAAAAACGAUACACAGAAUCCAUUUCAGAAGCAUUUACAAAUAUUUGGGUGCAGCAUUUUGCCUCACCGACAUCAACUAUAGCAAUAAUGAAACAUCUUAGAAUAGGUCCCGUGCGGGACGUGAUCGAGAAGUGCAUUUCGAAGUACAAAUUGAAUCUAUUUAAGUUAACUAAUGGUAGGCCUAUAAUCAGAACCGUACUGUUCCGCGGCUUAGCGUCUAAUUACUGUUACGAAGUAAUUCGCGAUAAUCUAACCUCUCUGGGAAUGCAAUGUUUGAAUGACAAUAGUUUAUUAUUGCAUUACCUGAUUUAUCGAGGACACAUAGAAUUUCUAGAAGAAAUAUAUGCGAAAGCGCCUGACGUGCGAAAAUACUUCGAAACAGAUAUCGGAUUUACUGAAUUUCAAGAUGCCAUACGUUAUGCAAAUCUUGCACAGAUUCAGUUUAUACUCAAAUAUCACGCAGAUUUUCUAAGAAAGGAUGUGAAUAAAUUUCGAAAAGAAAUUGUUUUACAUCAAUAUGAUUCCCGAGAAUUUUCAACCAGUAUCGACGUUAUAUGCGAUUUGAUUCCCGAAUUUCGAGAAAAUUUGCAAGAUAUACCAAACAUUGAGAAGAUACGUAGCGUUAAUUCGACAGUCGCACGUAUAUGUGCUGAAGCAUGUCCUCAACAAACACAGGAAUGUAUUAACAAUUCGACAGCCGUACGUUCGGAUGUUGAUGCAUAUCUUCUACACAAAGCCGUUAGUGCAAAUAACGGUACACUGGUCGCCGAGUUACUGGAUGAUGGUUGGAAUAUUGAUUUGGAGGACAACCAAGGAAAUGCUCCCAUACAUUUUGUACAGGAUGUUGAUAUGCUCGAAUUACUCCUGAAGCGCCAUAACGAUGGAUUAGCGUUAUUGAAUCGAACCAACCACGAUGGUUACACAGUUCUGUUCACCGUAUGCUGUUCCAAUAUGAAAACAAACAAAAUACAGCUGCUGGAAAGAAUAUUAGCUAAAGGUGCUAAUGUGAAUCAUCUCACGCAGAAAGGCGAAACGGUUACAUUCAUGGCUGAAAGUUGCGAAAUGCUCGAUGUUUUCAUGAAACACAAUGCCAAUCUAGAAAUUGUUAACAACAAAGGGGAAACUGCAGUACUGCGACAGCUAUUGAAUCGCAAUGCUAAAGUAGCUAUUGCACUUUUGCUAUCAACCCACAUAUUGCCGUCUUUUGAAGAUCAUGCCUAUAAAUAUUUAGCGCCAAUGGUAAACGAAGACCACAGAUUCUUUAGUACUGAAUACCAGCCAUUUCUAACUGAUCACCCAGAAAUCUUGAAAGCUUUGCUAGAUGCUGUUUACAAACACUCUCGAGAGGAAGCUUCGCGAAAUUUUGCUGCUGUUUGUUUUGGAUCAAUAAACUUUCUCGUAGAAAAAUUUCUGGACUUUGACUAUGAUCUGGACUUCAACUGUAGAAGCUACUUUGGUCGUAUACCACUGCUUGGAUUAUUUAUGUUCGUACAUGAACGAAACGAUCACCUUGCUUAUCGUUUGCUGCAAAAAGGAGCGAAUGUAGAAACGCGUGACCAAAGGGGUCGUACGGCGUUGUUAAUGGCUGCAUCGAACUUCGGAAGCUUAAAGCGGUUUGGUCAUGGAUUGGCGGUGGUGCAAAUGCUGCUGGAUCAUGGAGCGAAUGUAAACGCAAGGGAUGAAAACGGAGAUACGGCGCUACAUCUUGCCUUUAAUGGAAAAAAUCUAGAGCUGGUCGAACUUUUGGUUCGAAACGGUGCGAACCUUAAAGUUAAAAACAUCAAUGGAAGAAUGCCCUGUGAGCAUGGAUCGCAUGCAAUCCAAGAACUGCUGUAUUUUAUGAGCUGA